AUGAGGUCGUCACGCGCCGUGCACGUCUUCGCCUUGGCCGCCGUGCCGCUGCUCCUCCUCGCGUCCGCCGCGCGCGCCGACGACGACGGCGGGUGCGGUGCCGACGGCGCGGCGUCGCAGGGCGGCAACCGCGCGCGCGCCAAGGCGCUUAAGAUCGCGGCGUUCUUCUCCAUCCUGGUGUGCGGCGCGCUGGGCUGCUGCCUGCCCGUGCUGGGCCGCCGCGUGCCGGCGCUGCGUGCCGACGGGGACGUCUUCUUCCUCGUCAAGGCGUUCGCGGCGGGGUCAUCCUCGCCACCGGGUUCAUCCACAUCCUCCCGACGCGUUCGAGAAGCUCACCUCUGA